GGAAGAAAAAAAAGAGUUUUUCCCUCUGGAUUUGAACGAGAAGGCGUCGAUUCCGCUUCCGAGUGGCUUUCAUUCUUCCAGGAAAAGCCGUCUUUCUGAGUUUUUUACUGGCAUCGUGGGCAUGCAGCCGAAAGCGAGCCUGCUCGUCUUGCGCAGAGACACACAAGCGCGCUGAGAGUUGCGCAAAAACGCGUGUGUCUUCGCUUCUUUCUCUUCGCUCUCUGUUCGUCCACUUCGGCGUGAGUACGUUCAGGCGGAAGAGAGAUUUUUCUCUAACAAUCAAGUUCCCGACCCGCCUGUUCGAGACGCAGCACCAAGAGCGUCUACAGCCGUUUUUUUCGUGAGCCUCUGGUGUGUAAAACUUGCGGACUUCUUUCGUCCGCCAGCUCUCGCCAGCUUCUUGUGUGUCGGCGGUUCAAGUCACUGAUUUCUUCUCCUUUUCUUUGGAGCGUCCUCGCGUCUCCUGUGUCCACUGCAGCUUCCCCUUAGUUCGUGAAUCUCCUCCGUACAGAAGCCGCAGUCGCCGGCUGUCGGUGAGGUCGCGUCGGGUGUCGAGAAGUCUUUCCCCGCUGCCUCUCUGCGCCGUCGUCCGCAGUUCUCCGUCUCACUCCUGCCUCCUGCGCUGCGAGGAAGCCAACUGGCAAGGCACUUCGUCUCUGCACCAAGAGAGUGCCUCCCCGCCUCCAGAGUCUUGCUCCCGCUUGCUGUCGAGAACGCGCGCGUCCGCUCGUCUAAAAUGUCGAAACGGCAGAAGAAAGUUGCAGACGCCCUCGCGACGCCUCCCUCUGGGGAGGAAGUCAAAGAAGAGAACAAACUUGCGCGUUUUUCGCGGGGAGUGCGUGCGGUCAUGCCCGCCUGCAUUCAGCAACUGUUCCAAGCUGUCGGAGACGAACUCCGUUCGGUGUACAGACGCCCCCGUGAAGCUCUCUUGUCUGUCGUCAAUCUCCUGUGCGUCCUCUUCACAGCGCUCAUGCUCUGGAGAGUUCUGGUUGUGUACUCCAACUCUCCCUCUCCCGUCGUGGUCGUUCUCAGCGGGUCCAUGGAGCCGGCGCUGCAGAGAGGAGACAUUCUGUUUCUCGUCGACCGAGGGCCAGACCUCAAAGCAGGCGACAUCAUUGUCUUCAAGGUUGACGGUCGAGAUAUUCCAAUCGUCCAUCGGGUGCUCUCGCUGCAUGAAACUUCAGCUGGAGAAAUGACGAUGUUGACGAAGGGAGACAAUAACUCUGUCGAUGACAGGGGUCUGUACGCCGAGAAGCAGUUGUGGCUGAACCGAACAAAUGUGGUGGGGACGACGACGACUUUUUUGCCCUACGCUGGUUUGGUGACGAUCGUUCUAAAUGAUUAUCCGGUCGUUAAGUGGUGUUCGAUAGCGGGCAUGCUUCUCCUCGCCUUUCUCGGCUACGAGUAGGCGAGUAUACAAGAAGGAAAGAGCGCGUAUAGCGGCAGCACUUGUGAACAAGCCGACUCCGCAAAGCCGGGAGAUAUCCCUGUCCAUCUGCUGCCCCCUCGGCUGUAUCGAGACAAAGACCUGCACGUGCAUGUCUAUAUUCUUUUUUGCGUCGGCACAGCGGCCAAGGAAGGAUGUGAGAUGCAGAUGAGGAGAAGCAGUGGAGAACAGCAGUUCCAGGAUGAGAGAAGGAAGGUCAGGUUUUCCGGAUGCGGCUCUCACUCUUCCUGAGUGGAGACAGGAAAGCGUCUUGUCCGGGAGCCGAGGGCGCUUUUGUGACGUGGCAGAUUCUUGUGAGCUUUCUUUUUCAAGGACACCAAGGCAAGCGGUGGGGUGUCCUCGCAGGCUCUGUGGCUUCUGCAAACUGCCACCGAUUUUCCUUCCAGUCUGUCCCCGGUCGCUGUAUCCGCCGCUGUGUCUCCCGUGUCGGGUCCCGCUUUCUCUGCGGGGAGAGCUGCGUUUGUGCAGAUGUGUGAAGCAACCGU